AGACCCAGCAGCUCUUCCAAGUGCCCAGCGCCAUCUGGUCCAGCUGCUGCAUCGUGUCCAUGGAUGUGGAGCCCAGUCACGCCGCACAGGCCUUCUUGCCGAUUCUGCAAGCCAAGGAUGAGAGGCACCAGCGGCAGCUGGUGCUUAGAGCGCAGGAGACCAGGCUGUUGGUGAUUGAAGAGCUACUGCUACACUUGCUGGGCAAGAUGGAGAAUUCCGACUUGCAGAGCGACAAGGUGGUGGUGCCGCUACAACAGCUCAGCGCCUGCGCCGCUCGCCUGGCCAUCUCCACAGGGGUGCCUUCGGGCUCCAGGAAGUUUCUACCAUUGGCACGUUCCGUGGCCUUGCUUCAAAGCGUGCUGGUCGACACAGAGCUGCUGUUUGAAGCCUUCAAAGGAGAAGUGGCCCUCACCGAGAAUCACUCCAUGCGGCCUUCAGUGAAGGAUCUUCUGCAACAACUUUUGAAGCUCCAAAGCCCCGAAGAGGCAGUGAUGCAGCUGCUGGAGAAGCUGAUGCAGGCAUUGCCUCCGCAGCGGGCGCUUCUCUUCCGGCAGCUUCUGGUCGGCCGCGAGACAGGUGUGCCUUUGGACUGGCAAGGGACGGCGCAGCUUUUGGUCAAGGGUAUGGAAGCGCCGAGCGACGCGAAGGAGGUGAGAGAGGACAGUGAGAAGGAAGCCAAGCAAAGGUCACAGCCAUAACCCCACAGUCCUCGAGAAGGUGGCAGACGCCGCAUGUCUUCGGGCAAAGGUACUCAAAGCCGCGUAGCUUACCAAGCAGCCCUGGCCUCUGCGAAGCAGAUCCAAGAUGCGGGCAGUGCAACUACCGACUAGCAACAAAUUUGUUGCUGAAAGCUGCGUUUUUCAACAGAAGAAUGCAAAUCCGCCAUCCACACGCGGGCGUAGUCAAUGGGUUUGAAUGCUGUCCAAAGGGUCCCCA